ACACACACACACUUCAGGUGAACUAUUUUAGUUACAGAUUGAAUGCACGUGCACAGCGGGAUGUUUUUAAAACGUCAACAGCAGGUUUAAUGUUGGAGCUGCAGGUCAGAGAGGGUACACAGGGCAGAGAAGGAUUUCACACAUGGGGGUCAGAAAUUACUGUAUGCCGAAUUAAAGAGAGGACAGGAACAAACUGAAAUAAAUAGCACUUUUUAUUUUAAGCAGAUGUGUACAUCAGCUGACUAGCGAUGUGACCUUAAAUUUCUAGAAAUGUAAAUGCAAUUUGGCAUAACGAAGUUUUCAAGGAAUUCUGCUCUGCUCUCAAUGUAGUAACUCAAAAACAGACAUAGCAUGAAAUUAAUUUGUGUACAUGAAGUGGGAUAAAGUUUUUCUUAUUUUCUCUUUCUUUAAAAGAGCUUCUUUUGUUUUAUUAUAUCUUUAAUGCUUUUUUUAUUUAUCUGAGUUUGUUUCAGUGUGACAUAAGAGUUAGGAAUAAGGACAACAAAGCUGGACCACUAAAGCUGCAGUGUCUCCCUUUAACUCUGGUCUACACUCCGGACAGCAGGUGGCGGUACUGCCCAUCAAAUGCUCGGAGCCACCCGCCAUUAAACAAAGAGAAGAAGUGUUUCACAUCCGGGUCAGGUUUACUCUGACAGUUACAUGCAUGGAUCUGUAGGGUUACAUGGUUUAUGUCAUGGAUUUAUAGAGAGAAUAUACAGUUACACGUACCCUGAUCACACAGGUGAAGGAGGACGUGUGGGGUUAAGAUGUUGGGGUUCAGGUGCAUUGUGGGUGAUGCAGUACGUGGAGGAGGAAGACUCUUGAGAAAUCUUCCUCCCGUCCAGAGUCGCUCCGUCAGACUUCUUCCUCCUCCUCAUCUUCCUCAGCUGACUCACACGUGUCUCCUCUCAAAGGGUCCAAACGCGUCCGUUUCUUCUGCUAAGCUGAAGCUGCGGACCCGGCUGGCGGUGACGCUGCUGUUGGGCGGCGGCGUGCUGGCCGUGUGGCGCUACGUGUACCUGGAGAAGCAGCAGAAUCUGCGGCGGCAGCGCGUGGAGCAGCUGCGGCGCGUGGCGCUGGGUCAGGGCUCCUUCAGCCUGCUGGACCACCGGGGGCAGCGCAGGACCAAGAAGGACUUCUUGGGCGGCUGGUUGCUGCUGUACUUCGGCUUCACGCACUGCCCCGACAUCUGUCCGGACGAGCUGGACAAGCUGAGCGCCGUGGUGUCGGCGCUGGACCGGGACGCCUCGCUGCCGCCCGUGCAGCCCGUCUUCAUCACCGUGGACCCGGAGAGGGACGAUGCGCCGGCGCUGGCUCGCUACGUCAAAGACUUCCACCCACGUUUGAUCGCACUGACGGGGUCGCCGGAGGAGGUGAAACACGCGGGGCGGGACUACAGGGUGUACGCCAGCGCCGGGCCCAAAGACGAGGACGGGGACUACAUCGUGGAUCACAGCAUCCUCAUCUACCUGGUGAGUCCGGACGGGCUGUUCCUGGACUACUACAACAGGAUGAAGAGCGAGGAGCAGAUCACGCAGAGCGUCAGGAGCCACAUCCUCCACCACGAGACGCUGGAACUAUAGAACAUCAACGCCUCAGUCAGAAAUGUUAUUAACUCUAAAUGUAAACACAGACGUGUUUGUCCUUCGUCUCCAGUGGAGAAAUAAAAUGUCACAUUUAAUAAAUAAUGUCGACAUUUA